CGUGCCAGAGUGAAGGCUUCAAUACUGACAUCUGCAGCCACAACAGAAACACCAAGUACUUUUGUUUUACUCAAAUAUGAAAGAGGAGACUGAAUGUUUUUGAAGACACUUGUCCAAAAAGUGUUCGAAAUGAUGGAUAUUUUGGAUGCGUAUAUGUGGUAAAGGAACAUCUUACUUUGGAGUUUCAAAUCAGGACAGCAAAGCUCAAUGUCUGACUCAGACCUCAUGAAGGGUGGGGGACCGGCCAUCAGGAGCCCCGAAUGCCGUUCGUCUCCGACUCCUCGAAUGGAGUUCCACGGCUCCUUCAAGGUGGGGGAGCGCUCGCCCAAUGUCACAGAGAAGGUCACACAGGUUCUCUCUUUGGAGUCUGAUGUGCUGCCUGAAUACAAACUCCAGGUACCAGAAACGACAUGGUGGAUCAUGCUUCACUACAGCCCCUUUAAGGCAUUUUGGGACUGGAUUAUUCUCCUUCUGGUCCUCUACACAGCUGUUAUUACUCCUUACUCAGCUGCCUUCCUGUUGGAUGAACAUGGGGAUUUACGCCAAAGGAGUUGUGGCUACACAUGUAACCCUCUAAAUGUGGCAGAUCUUAUGGUGGACGUGCUGUUUAUUGUGGAUAUAAUCAUCAACCUUCGGACGACCUAUGUGGACCAAAAUGACGAGGUAGUCACGCAGCCGAGCCAGAUAGCAAAGCAUUACAUCAAAGGCUGGUUCCCUAUUGAUUUGUUUGCAGCAAUCCCGUUUGACCUUCUCAUUUUCAGAUCAAGCUCGGACGAGAUGGCAACCUUAACAAGCCUCCUGAAAACAGCUCGGCUAUUGCGAUUGGUCCGUGUGGCAAGAAAGCUUGACCGAUAUUCUGAAUAUGGUGCUGCUGUCCUCUUCUUGCUCAUGUGCACCUUUGUACUCAUCGCCCACUGGCUAGCGUGCAUGUGGUAUGCCAUUGGCUUUGUGGAGAGGCCGUACACUGAGACUGGUUGGCUGGACAACCUGGCUGAGCAACUUGGAAAGGCGUACAAUGAAACCGACUCCAGCUCUGGUCCUUCAGUCAAAGACAAGUACGUCACAGCUCUGUACUUCACCCUGAGCAGUUUGACGAGUGUGGGGUUCGGUAAUGUGUCUCCAAACACGAACUCAGAGAAGAUCUUCUCCAUCUGUGUCAUGGUCAUUGGAUCUCUCAUGUACGCCAGCAUAUUUGGCAAUGUAUCUGCCAUAAUCCAGCGGCUGUACACUGGUACAACCCGGUACCACACCCAGAUGCUGAGAGUCAAAGAGUUUAUCCGCUUCCAUCAGAUUCCAGGUAGUCUGCGCCAACGACUAGAGGAGUAUUUCCAGCAUGCAUGGAGAUACACAAACGGAAUAGACAUGAAUGCUGUGUUAAAGGGAUUUCCAGAGUCUCUGCAGGCAGACAUCUGUUUGCACUUGCACCGCUCUCUGCUACAGAACUGCAAGGCUUUCCGAGGAGGCAGCCAAGCAUGUCUCCGUGUCUUAUCUGUGAGAUUCAAGACAGUCCAUGCACCUCCUGGAGAUACUCUGAUUCACUAUGGAGACAUCCUCGACUCUCUCUUUUUCAUCUCACAUGGUUCCAUCCAGGUCACCAGAGAUGAUGUAGUGGUGGCCAUAUUAGAGAAGAAUGACAUCUUUGGUGAGCAUAUCCACCUUUAUGAUGAGCCAGGGAAAUCAAGUUCAGACCUACACACCAUCACCUACUGUGAACUGCACCGCAUCCUUAGGGAUGACCUUCUUGAGGUCCUGGAUAUGUACCCAAGCUUUGCAGACAACUUCUGGAGGAACCUGGAGAUAACCUUUGACCUGAGAGAUGCUGAUCAAGAGCCACCAGUAAUAAUAGCUGAUGAUUCUGGUGAUGACUGUGAAUACCACCACAAACCAAGAUGCAAAAUACACUCACUGGACUGCAGAAAUAGGCCAGAUGGAAUUGAUCACGAAGACUCGUAUCCCCUUCAGGCCUGCCAUCAGUCAUUUUCUCAUGCCUGCUGGGAAGACCGUUGUAGCUGUGGAUCGCCAUGUUCGCAGGCAAGUGAGGACUUUGAAAAACCUCUUGCCCAUGGUGCCAAAACAGAGCAUUACUCUGCAGAAGCUGUCAGGCAGGAUUACUCUUCGUCUGCACUACAACUGCACCCCCAAAGUGGCACCUCAGUGGGGAAGGAUGCAGUGUUUGACCGGGGUCCCCAAGGGAUGUAUCAAUACUGGUCAGACAGACAAUCACAGCAGUUUUCCAGUCAUGCCUGGCGAUCAUCUUCUGUCCGCAACUCAUGCCACCCACCACCAUUCACAGAAGAAAGGCCCAGUGAACUUGAGACACGCCUUGAAAUUUUGCAUUCACAGCUCAACAGACUGGAGACUCGCAUGACAACUGACAUCAGUGUUAUUCUGCAGCUUCUCCAGAGGCAGAUGGCCCCUGUACCUCCAGCUUACAGCACUGUAUCAUCUAGUACUCUCCAUGCUGAUUCCCCUGGUCUGUAUGGGGCUGGAACUCCAGUGCUGCAUAACAUGUAUCCCAUUUCCCCCAUACAAAUGGACAGCCUAGCACCAACACAGACCUCGGCUGAGACAGACCUUAAGCAGACCAGCAAAUCCCAGGAUUCACUGUCCAGUGGGAUCCACGUGACUGCGGCAUCUGAUGACACCAUGUUCAUGGCUAUCACCCCUGAAACUGACACACAUACUGGGCUAACUCCUCAGCUACCCCAGCCAUCAGUCAAAUCCUCCCUCAUGGACAGUUCCAGGCUGUGUGGUAACCUCCGCUACCCCUCACUACCAGAGAGCCUGGACAUACAAUCACGAUUGGCAGAGAUCCAGAAACACCUCUCGGAUCCUGUCCUCCCCAUCGUCUGACAGUCAGUGUCACCUACUUCUUAAAGACAUUUAGAAGGAGCUCUGUGACCAGUCCAUCCAUUUGUCAUUGAAGAAUUAUUUAUAAUUACACUUUUUACUUUACUAUUACUUUGGACAUUGGACAGUGUUGAACACAGACAGUGCUUGCAAACAAGGAUUUUACACACUGCCCAGCCAAAAAACAGCAGUCACCAUGUGGAUUUACCUAAUCAAAUAUGAAAGACCCUCCCACUGGAUUCGGGGUCUAGGUUCACCAAUGUUAUGUGCCCAAAAAACGAGGUCAGCUGACUACCUGAAUAUACAGAAUGAUUUUUUUUCUCUGAUGAUGGCACGGGAAUAUACCAAGAUGACAAUGCCAGGAUUCACCAGGCUCAAAAUGAGCGGUUCAGGGAACAUGGAGGAUAGAUUGGCUACCACAGAGGCAAGACCUUAACCCCAGUGGGAAUCUUUGGGUGUGCUGGAGAAGACUUUAGCAGUCUGACUCCCCCAUUGCCCAUCAUCAAUACAAUUUGUUGGUGAAAGAUUAAUGCAAUUCUGGAUGGAAAUAAAUAAUAAUUAUCACUUCUUAAAACCAUGGGGAAAGUGUGCCAUCAUCAAAGCUAAAGCCAGCCCAAUGAAAUAUUAGCAUGUGACUUGUUCUUUGGCUGGGCGGUGUACUUCACACUUGCCUAAAGAAAUAAACUUGAAAACACUUAAUUCUUUUGAAUGAACAACUAACAGAAAAGUUGUUAUAUUUUAUAUAGAUAACUGCUAAUCCAGAAAUGUCACCUCAGCAACCUUAGUGAGUGGCGUCCCUGUUCAUGUAAAGAUCCUGAUCUUUUUAAAUUCUAAAGAAUUCCCCUGCAGACCCAUUUACUCUAGCCUGACCCAAUACUGACACUUUGAGUCCACUAUGUUUAGUGUAAACAUUUAGAGAAUUAUGUUGGCCAAAAUUAAUCAGGUUAGGCUUGGUUUUAUACACCUGUAGCAAUCAGACUAAAAAAAAUAUCCAAAUUCAAAGAUCAAGAGGUGUGGCUGAUAAUUUAGUUCACAUAAAGUAUCUCUAAUAUAAUGCACUGCAUUGCAUAAACCCACAAAGUUAUGUUAAGUAAUUUUAAUUUUAUGUCAGAAACAAUAGAAAAUAAUGAAGAGGGAAUAGAGAUAAGCUGAAUUAAACAGUAGUUACUGACAUAGCUAGCAUCUUUGAUCUUGUACCAGUAACUUCCCUGUAAGAAAGACUAGGUGUUGUCUCUGUGUCCAGACUUUGCGCUAAGCUUAUUUCCUGCCAGUUGUACAGACAUGAGAACAGUAUAAAUCUUUUACAAAAUUACAUUUUUAAAUUUUGGUUAUUGCAGAACUAUUAUGAAGACAUGUGCUGUGGCACUUGGGAAUUGCGUUCUCGUGGAUAUUCUGGUGGAGUAGUGCAGGCAUUAAAGUAACCAUUUAUAAUCCCAAUUUCAAAACAGUUGGGACGAUAUGUAAAAUGUAAAUAAAAACAGAAUAUGAAGGUUUGCAAAUCCCAUAAAAUCUUAUUUUACUCACAAUGGACUUAGAAAACACAAAACUGAGAACUUUUUAUGGACAAAAAUGAGGUCAUUUGGACUUUGAUGGCAGCAACACAUCUUAAAAAAAAAAAAAAGGAAAGGAAUAUGGUUACCACUGUGGAGCAUCCCCUCGCCCAAUGCUUUCAGGUUUUGAAAGGUCUGGACUGAAAGCAGGUCAGUUCAGUGCCCAGUAUGCAGUUUAGUAUUGAUUUUGCUGAAAUAUGCUAGGGCUUCCUUUGAAAAUGAUAUCUUGAUGGGAGCGCAUGUUGCUGUAAAACCUGCAUAUAUGCAGUGAUGAUGCCUUUCCAGAUGUCCUAGCUCCCAGCUUCUUAGGCACUGAUGCACCCCCAUACCAUCGGGAUACAGACUUCUGAACUUAGUGUUGAAAACAAGCCACAUAUUUUAAUUUGAUCUGACCAUCUAUUAUUAGUCUCUGGCUCUCUUCCCCUCAACCAAUUGCAGCAAAUGGCUGCCUCUCCCUGACCCUGGUUCUGCCAGAGGGUUCUUCCUGUUAAAGGGGGGUUUAUCCUUCCCACUGUUGUCAAGUCCUUUCUCAAAAGUGGUUAUGUGAUUGUUGAGAUUUUCUCGGUAUUAUUGUAGGGUCUUGGAUGGCACCAGCGGUGAUUACUGGAAGUGUUCCUGAGCCCUGUUUUUACCCGUUUUUAAUGCAGUGUCUUUUAGAGAUAUAUUGUACUGUAGAUGAUGUGAUUUGAAAGUGGGAAUUUUACAUAGAGGAAACUGUUCCAAAAUGUAUACAGUUUUUGCAGAUUGCUGAAACUCUGCCUCUCCAUUUUCCUCUUGUUACCUGUUGCCAAAAGCAAACGGGAUUACACACAGUAGUAAACAUGGCCUUGUCCCAGCUGUUUUCAGAUGUGUUGCUGGCACUUAAUUCAAAAUUAACUAAUAUUUUUCACUAACUAGUAAAAUAUCUGGUUAAAAAUGUGAUAUAUUUUCUAUGUUCUACUGUGAAGAAAUUUUGGUCAUAUGGGAUUUGUAAAUCCUUGCAUUCUAUAUUUGUUCACAUAUUGUGGAACUGAGGUAGUAUUUUCUCUAUUUGUGAUGCCUUCCCAAGCCGAAACAGUUGCACCAAGACUGACUUCCAUUAAUCUUUGAGUGCUGUAUUUUUUGUCCCUAUCACAACAUGACGGCUUUCAUGAGCUUCAUCCAGAGAUCCUGGAUGGUGUUCUUCAGGCAGGGUUUUCUCUGUAUGUUACAGUAACCUAUCAUUUCUAACCACGGAUCUGCACGGCAGAUUUCUUAUCAAGGUUUUAACAAGUCACUUCUUGCUGAAAUAUUUUUUUAAACUGUUGUCUCAACAUGAAACAUCUGUAUCGUACUUUAAACUGUGAGGGACUAUUUAUUUCUGUAUAAAAUCAAUGAAUAUUGCCAUGAAUAAAAUUACUGGUGCAAUCUGUAUUACGGUCAGUUAAUACUGCGCACUUAUUGUUACUGCACAGACUUGUAUCACAACAGAGG